AAGUCCAAAUUUGUUCUGUGACGUCACGUCGAGAGCGCGCACGGGAAUGAGCCCGCACAAAAGGACUAUGGCUGAAACGAUAUCGGACAGUGAUCUCCCAGUGUCAGACCCUCCAAAACAACCUCCCAAACGCCGCCGCAUCAUCGACGCCUCAUCCAUCCAAACAGUACCUGUUUACUCCAACAAGGUGAACAGAUCCUUGAAUCUGAAGCCAGAAUUAUUUAAACAAACCAAUCUUACAGAAGAGGAAAAGGGUGGUCCUCUGUGGUCUCCUUCCCCACCCCGUAAAGAGAAACCGCCAAUCAGUAUUGAUCUAAGUAGCUCAGAGGAGGAGCCAGAACAGACUGAACCUCAGGAAAUCCUUCGUUCCCCUUCUCCACCUCCUCCACCAUGUAGUCCGCCAGUGAAACGGAGCAGGCGGGCCAACCAAAAAAUGCGAGAAAUCAACCGGAAACUGGAUGCGAUCGGCUCUCUUGUGUGUAUGUCUCCUGAGCCUCAAGACCCCGUCGUCGAAUACAGAAACUCUCCUUCGCCUGUCAAUGACUAUGAUGAUGAUGAUGACAUCAUCAUCGUUUCAUCUAACAGCAAACACAAACGUCGUCCCUGCAAUACUGAGGGCAGAGACUCUGCGCGAGAAAUUUCAUUAAAGUUUCGCUGCCGAACAGAGUUGUUCAAAAUCCCAAUACUGUCUACGGCUCCUUUGAGUAAAGCUGUGGAACAACUGGCCAUCAAACUCAAUGUCCCUUCCAGCCAAAUUCUGUUAUUAAAGAAAGAUAUCGACCUUCCCAUUCACUCGUCUGUCAGUGAGCUCGGCCUCGGCAUAGCUGACAUUAUAGAUUGUGUUGUAACCGAAAAAAUACAAGAAGAGACUGACAAAAGUGAUGUCAUCACUGUGCGACUGCAAGGCAAAGAGAAAUCAUCUGUGCAGGUGUAUUCACUGAAGAAGACUGCUCCUAUCGGGUCCAUUCUGUCUCAGUAUGUCUCUAGUAUGGAUGUGAGUGCAAGACGGAGGGCUAAAUUCCUCUUUGACGGGUCAAGGGUCUCCAAUAAUCAGACUCCGGCUGAGCUGGACAUGGAGGACGGUGAUGUCAUUGAAGUCUGGGCCUAAACGCAUGCAACUAUUGAUGUUUGUCCUUUUUGUACUUGCGCCAUGUUCUGUAUGCAAUGUGGUGUGAAAAUUGUGUGGUUUGCAAAAAGAAAAUGUCUUUGAAUUGAAUUGACUUUUUACUUGUGAUGAGUUUGGUCUACACUGUUAUUUUGGGGCAGGGGUUUCAUAAACGAUACACAUUUGACUUGUGUUUGCAGCCAUGUGAAAGUUACCUUUUACAAUUUUACAUUGUGUAUAUACUAUUUAAGAUUUGAUUUAUUUUAAUGUAAAGAAUUAACUUCAAUUAAAAUAAUUUGAUAAAAUAACAAA